AUGGCUGCCCCCGUGGAUCUGGAGUUGAAGAAGGCUUUCACAGAACUACAAGCCAAAGUUAUUGAUACUCAGCAGAAGGUGAAGCUUGCAGAUAUACAGAUUGAACAGCUAAAUAAAAUGAAAAAGCAUACACAUCUUACAGACACAGAGAUUAUGACUUUGGUAGAUGAAACUCACAUGUAUGAAGGUGCAGGGAGAAUGUUUAUUCUUCAGUCCAAGGAAGUAAUUCACAACCAGCUGUUAGAAAAACAGAAGAUAGCAGCAGAAAAAAUUAAGGAACUGGAACAGAGAAAAUCAUACCUGGAGCACAGCGUGAAGGAUGCAGAAGACAACAUUCGGGAAAUGCUGAUGGCCAGAAAGGCACAGUAA